AUUUGUGUUUUCAAUUUUUUAAAAUUGAAAAAGUUAUUUUUUCUAUAGAAAACGUUGAUUUUUUAUUUCUUAAUAAAGCACAGUUGUCGGUACACUUUGACCUUUUGGUCCAGGCCAACCGUCACCGUAACUUAAAUAAUCGUCAGCUUCGUUUUGAAGUUGGAAGAACGAGCACCGAACUUGGCUCCGGCAAGUCAAUGGCAAGCGCAAGCGUUGGCGAAGAAGAACAUAAUAAUAAUAAUAAACUGAUUCUGUAUUCAUAUUGGAGGAGUUCAUGUUCCUUCCGACUCCGAAUUGCUCUUAACGUCAAAGGGCUCGAAUAUGAGUACAAAGCUGUCAAUCUGUUGAAAGGAGAACAAUCUCAUCCUGAGUUUCUCCAGCUCAACCCUAUUGGUUUUGUUCCCGUUCUCGUCGAUGGUCCUGCUGUAAUUUUUGACUCUUUCGCCAUUAUUAUGUAUUUGGAGGAUAAGUAUCCUCAACAUCCUUUGCUACCCACUGAUAUUCACAAAAGAGCUAUCAAUUUUCAGGCUGCUAGUAUUGUUUCCUCAUCUAUACAACCUCUUCAUAACCUAAAUCUCCUGCAGAAAUACAUCGAAGAAAAAGUUGGCCCUGAUGAAAAGCUUCCAUGGGUCCAGAGUGUAAUUAGAAAAGGCUUCACAGCACUUGAAAAGCUAUUGAAAGAACACUCUGGGAGGUAUGCUACUGGAGAUGAAAUUUUCAUGGCGGAUAUAUUUUUAGCGCCUCAGUUACAUUCUGCAUAUAAGAGAUUCAACAUUCCCAUGAAUGAGUUCCCUAUUCUAUCAAAAUUACAUGAGACAUAUUAUGAGAUCCCAGCAUUUCGGGAGGCCUGGCCAGAGAAUCAGCCAGAUGCAGUAGGCGAGCUAAGUCAAUAAUUUGGCACUGAUAUGCGAUCCGAUGUUAGAUUGGAGCAAUUGCAGCAGGACCUGCUGAUUUUGCUUCUGGGUGUUGAAUUUGUAACAACGACAUAACAUACUUUAUGUAGCAAUAUGUUUGCCACGUACAAUAUCAUUGCACGUAUCAUGCACAACUGGGAUAAAAAUAUUUUAUGUAAUAUUAGAGAUUUGAGCUUCAAACAAUCAAAAUAUAACUUGAAUGAAUAAUGUUAUUUUCUUAUAGUAAACAAUUCUCCUGAAUUAAGUAUCAA